CAGUCCUGUAUUCUGUCACGGUUCACAGAUGAUUGCGCGCGUUUUCAAGUAGUAGAAGAUGCUGGACGAUGUAUCCCGCUGUACCGGAUCUUCCUUACGUCCUGUCGGAACGUGAGGAAAUCAAUUCGAUUUUGUACAGACCGAUCAACUCGACGCAACGAAUAAAGUACACAUGCUUCAAUGCCUCAUCAAGUUACAUUAUACUGGGCUCGACCAGUGGCAGUGUUUACGUGUUCUCCAGAGAACCAUGUUCAUUUUUGCAGAUAAUACCCUUAUCGGAGGGUGUGGUUUCACGUGUAGCGAUAUCACCUGAUGAGAAGGCUGUAGCAUUAGCAACAACUCGUGGUACUGUCUGUGUAGUCUCUUUAAAAUCUACUCCUCAACUGAUAGCUAUAUCUAUGGAACAUAUGUACGAACAAAUUACUUGUCUCUGUUGGAAUAAUAAUAGCACUGAUAUAUAUGUAGGAGAUGCAGCUGGCAAAGUUUCCGUCAUGGUAUUAUCUAUAUUUGGGGUCAAUGGAAUGUUUCAAACACCAACAUGCAUACUGAUGAAUUUGGAUUCUAGUAUAGUGCAAUUGAACUUCUUUUCGCCUCUGCUCUUAGUCUCUACACUGGCGCGAUGUUAUAUCUGCGACACAGUUCAAGAGCAAUAUAAACAGAUCGGCAACAAGCCGCGGAAUGGCGAGUUUGGCGCGUGCUUUUACAAGAUGCACGAGAACGCCUUGAAUCUGCAAAAGGAAGAGAGAAGCAUCAAUGAUUCGCGUGGCGCGUUCAAUUUGAUCUCCGAUAAUGACAGCAAUAUCCUGGGCAAGGAGAAUCAUGCGAAGAUUUUUUGUGCUCGACCUAGCUCGAGAUUAUGGGAAGUAUCAGCUGAUGGGGUUGUCGUGAAAACGCAUCAGUUUAAAGAGGCUCUGGCCAUUCCUCCAAUAGCAAUAUUUCGAUCAGAUAGUAUUCUAGAAUCUAGUCAGAAGGAAGGGACAGAACGCGAGUGGCCGCCGCAAUCCAUCAAUUUCUCGCAUUUGCUCGUAAUUGCGCGUAGAUAUUUAUUUUCCUACACGAAUAGCGGUGUGUACAUUAUUGAUCCCAUCAGCGCGACUGUGUUACUGUGGAGCAACAAAUACACAAACAUCGCCAUGACCGCGGUCGUGGAUGAUCAAAUCUACCUGAUGACCUGUGAUAACGAGUUUCAUUGUCUAACAUUAUCAUCGCUCGAUAGCCUGAUAUUGUGGCUGUAUCGUCACGAGCGAUAUAGUGAGUGUUUAAAUGCGUGUUUUAUAUAUAGAUCGCUAUUAUUGAAAGCCAUCGAUACUAAGGAAAUCGUCGAAUUGUUUGAAGUGGAAGAUCUACCGCGAAUAUCACGAGAUGAGGAAGCGCUGGCGUUAUUGCGGCCGUUGAUAACGUUUUUGCAAGCCGGUAAUAAAAAUAGAUUAUCCAAACUGGACUCCGGAAUCGUAGUUGUGCAUUCUGAGAACGAUGGGUUCACGAAUAGAAGAACAUAUGGCUGUGAAACAAUGUCCGCGCUGCAGUCUCCGGAAACUUCUAGCGAAGAUUCAUCCGAUAUGCAAAUAAUAUCUGGGAGGAAUCGAGACAAAAAUCUUGCACGCGAAGAUAUACUUGAAAUAACUUCAGCAGAUGUACUCGAUUUAGACGAAGAAGCGUUGGGAAACAUCAAAGACGAUAAUCGUGAAAAUUUUGACGAUCCACAACAAAAUGUAAUGCACAGGGUGCAAUCCGAGUUGCAGCCGAUUUACGAUUUGAUAAACAGCGUUAGACCUAGUAUGUCGGAAAAAGAAAUCGAGGAGAUCAUUUCAGAAACGGACAAGCUGAUGAGAACUAUUAAGGAAUCUUAUAAAAGUUUACCUGGACUUCAGAGUUUCAUUUACGAAAUUACUCGCGCUGCCGAAUUGCACUAUUAUAACACGUUCUUGGAAAACGCUUCCGUUCAGUUGCUCAACUCCAUCAGCAACGAUUUGAUUGUACGACAAUUCGCACGAGCCUUUAUUCAAAUUAAUUCAUCAGCUUAUGCUAGAUGUAGUUGCGGUUAUCCCUAUCCGAUCGAUAAGCCAGUGGAGCCAAAAUUUUUGGCGAUCGGCGAAUCCUUGAUCAAGAGAUAUACGGACAUUGAUCUGCCGAAAGAAUGUAGCAAUAUCUGCGACCAGGUACCUUACAUGUGGCGUGAAUAUUUGGCCGUUCGCAUCGAACGAUGUAAUACGUUAGACGACAUAUUGAGACAGUGCCUUCAGACAAGGGACAAAGUCGUGUUGUCAUUCCUUUUACCGGCAUUGAAUGAGCAACAGUGGAAUUGCGUCAGCACGUGUCUGAGCGAGAUUGAAGAAGGCACUUGCCUGUUUUGUGCAAUGCCCUUGAUUGAGAAACCCGAUUACAAUAUACUUAUAGAUUGGAGCGGUAUCGCCGGAGAAAUCAUGCAGAGAGAGGGACCAGACAAGACCAUGGCAUUUCUGAUUAAGCUAGAAAGUAUGAUGCCGAAUGUUAAUUUUGACAGAAGCAUAUUCCAGUCUAUUGUAUUUACAAAAAUACUGCAUCACCAUGGUCUGAAGAAGUCAAUCGAUUUCAAUAAAACAAAUCAAUUAUCAUCGGAAUUUGGUACAAUGUGUUCGCCACAGGUGCGCGAUCAGCUGGCAAAAUCUCUUGAGAAAGAUUUAAGGCGACCGAUAAAUAAAAAUAUGUUCGGAACAGGCGCUCAUCAUUGGGGUAUAUGUCAUCAGGCUAAAUCAUCGACAUGCCCGUGUUGCACAUUAUCUUUACAGACACCGAUUUUACUAGGUAAUAACGGAAUCGCGAUCUUUCGUUGCGGUCAUGCCUAUCAUGUAAAUUGUAUGAUAGAGAGAAAGCUCACUAGAUGUAAUCUUCAUUAGAAAAUAUUGUAAAUACAAGUCAAAUAAAAAAAAAGAGUUAUACAUAGAAGAGUUAUACAUGUCUCUUAAAUUAAAUCUCUCUUCAUAUAUAUGUAUUCUUGAAUUUAUUAUUUAUUGCUUAUAUGUUUAUUAAAGUUCUCUUUCUCUCGCAAAUAUAUACUUGGAUUUAUUAUCUCAAUACAUUCAAUUAUCACAGUUGGAAAUUGAACAAACGAGUUUUCACAAUCAAGUCUCUUAAAUUAAUUGUAAGAAAAUCGCUAUGAUACAAAUACUAUUGUAUCACUUCGAUAGUGCGCAUAUUUUUUAAAAUCACUGAAUCUUAUGUAUUCGUUAUUAAAUUUUUUUUUUUGAUUGCAAUAAGAUGCUAUUAAUUACAAUUGCAAUGAUUGUUUAUAGCUUCUCUGUACAGAGAAUUAUCAGAUAUGUAUAUGUGUACAGCAUAUAAAAUAAAAUUUCCUCGCGUGAUUCCUGACGCCGCUUAUAAAACUUUUGCGAGAAGGAAAGAACAGAUGUGUACAUCUAUAUACAUUUACAUUAAUAUUACAUUAUUUAUCUUAUCACUUACCUUAUUCGCGACGUUAUUGAAAUAUUUAUUAUAAUUACACGCAUAUAACGUGUAAAUUUCGUAUAUUGAUCUAUUAUACAUAUGAAAAGUUGGUAACUAAUUUUUGUCGUACUCAAUUCUUUGAUUUUGCAAAGUAUGUUGUUCUUUAGAUAAGCGAAAGCUUAAAAUCUUAAUUAGAUUUUAAGAUAAAUGAUUAAAUAUCGACAUGCGUAUGUAUCCUUAUAUGGAAUAAAUUUCGUAUAAAAAAGUACAAAUCUGGACGACUUUCAUCACUAUUUCUAUAAACAUAUCAUAUAUUCUAAUGCAAUAGCACCGGACACAUUACUAUUUUUAAAUAUAUUUUAUAUAUGGAAUUAUAUUUCUAAAAUAUAUAUAAAAUUAUCAACUUUAGAGAGAAAAAAAUAUUUACUAACGAUAUUAUUUCGUGUAUAUCGAUAUCACAGUUUAAAUUGCAAUAAUAUAUAAAUAUUUCCUGUGACUUUCUAUCACAGUAUGACUAGAAAGUGUUUCUCCUUUAAAAUCUAACUUUGUACAUACACUUCGUCUAUAAAAUCAUUUUGUAUAUACUUAUAAAAAAGUAAUAAAACUUAUUAUUGCAGACAUAAAUAUUGGUAAAAUAAUUUUAGCUUAUAUAUAUGUCCUCUCUAGUAAUUUAUGUCUAUAUAUGUUUCAGUUGAAGCAAUAUAUACUCUCAAUUUUAUGAAUUCUUGAGCAAAAUAUCUCGAGUAUAUACUAAAUCGUAGAAAAAUAUUUCAUUUUCUUUCAAUGGAUAUCAUGACUUGCGCGUGUCUAUUUUUGUAUUAUAUCGUGGAGAGAAAUAAGAGAUAUAAAUGAUUACAAUAAAUCGCAAAAUAUUAUCGAGAUAUCUCCACAUUUUUCAAAAAAUUUGCAAUACAAUUUGGAAGCAGAAAGAUUCUUUUCGAAAUAUAUAACUGUUAGUUCUAUAUGCUUCCAUAUACUUGUUCAGAACCGAGAUCAUGCAAUGUUUAACAUUUUUAAUAUUUUAUAAAUAUCAUCAAUGCCAUUGCCAUUAAAUCGAACACUAUAAUUACACCAAUUAGAUUUUUCGUAAAAUAAAGCAUUGUACUUUGAAUAGUGGCAAUAGAGAAAAUGUAGAUGUUGACAGAUAUAUCAGCGAUACAUUUUCUCUCGAUAUAAUCAUUUUGCCGAUAAAUAGUAAUAACAAGAUCGAAUUAUAUAAAGAGGAAGCAGUUUGUAAGAUGAUCUUAACACGUCGCUCUCUCUGCUGUGCAGUUGUUUUGCCGAUUUCAAUAAUUGCCAAAUAUUAUUUCAACAAUUUGUAUGUACAAUAAAUUACUAAAAAAAUGAAAAGAUAUUGUGCGCAAUCGUUAAAAUUCUAACAAUACACAUACACAGUGGACAACGUGUUAAUAUAAUUUGCAAAAUAAUCGAGAGUUGCGAUUGUACAUUAAAUCGUUUACAAAUAAGUAUACGUCGUUCCUCUUUUUCUUUUCAGAGAUUAUUAAUAUGUAAGAGACAUUAAAUGGAAAAGUCUAUUUUUUUACGAAAAAGUGCAUAUCCGUUCAUAUUUUGUGUACGCACAAAAUAAUACGCUUAAAAUUAAAUAUAACUAUAUAGAGCUGCUUUCUCUGUGUUGCACUUACCCAUUAUUACGUCCAUAUACAUAUCUCUCCCAGGCAACCUUAUUUUCUUUCUCUUUCUCUCUCUCAAGUGAGAGACUACUAUUACGCAAAUAAAAUGUUAUGUGAAAUCAAAGGUAUGACAAAUAAUCGCAAUCAUGACUUAUAUUAUGUCGGUGAAAUGAUUGCGGUUUUUAGUCUGCGAGUUGAUUGAAUACCUCUCUUGAGACGUGAUCAUAUAACGUGCAUUUAGCACAUACACAUAAACAAAGUUUUUAGAGAGUAAAAUUGAUAAAUAUGCAUAGGAAUAAAUUGCGGACGAUUGUACUCGUGCGAUCGUACAUGAAAUCACGCACAAAACAUCAACAAUAGAAUUCUAAAUUAAUAAAGCUAUCAUUAUAAUUGACUAUUAUAAUACAGACUAAUGUGGAAUUAUUUUAUGGCAGCAUAAUAUAAGAUUCUAAUAUUGAUAUAUAUUGUGCGCGGUUUCUAAAAAGAUAUUUGUAAAACAUUUACAUCACAAUUUCAUAAUUAUGUGAUGCCUUUUUGCGGAGCAAUAUCAUUAAAAAAAUCGUCAAAAUUUGCUAUAAUAUUGCAUAUGAGAACAGCUUUCUGUAUUUAUAUUAGUAAACGCUAUGUGUUUCCUUCUUUCUCUCUCUCGUAAAUGUAAAUGUACAAAAAUUCUAUUAAAAAAUCAUCGCACUUCAAAAUUCAAUAUCAAACUAGAAUAACUAGCAGUCAUUCUCAGAUGAUUCAACUAGAAAUAUAGCAAAUAUGUUCUACUUUAAUGGCAUUUAAAUGGGAUGCCAAAUAUUAUCGCACAUUUAACAAUAUCAAACAUAUGAACAGAAUUAUACGAUCGCGCUUUGUGUAGCACAAUCAAUCUUCAAUUAAAAAAUUGCUACGGUUCUUAUUAAAUACGUGUUAAAAUUUGAUGCGCAAAUAAUCACAAAUUUUUUCAUAAAUUCAAGGAAAAUUUUACAAUGGAUUUUCGCAAUAUUCAAAUAAUAUUGAAUGUGCAAUUUAUCUCGAGCAGUUUUUUUAAUUUUGUGAUAUGACUAGAUAUUAAAAAAAUCUCGAGCUUAAAAAUGCAAUCGAUGCAUUGUAAAACUUAAGAAUACAUUAAUUAUAUUAUAACAAAAGAUUCAUUCCUCAUGUAUGUGCGUCGGAUUCUUUGACAUAAAUAAAAUUAAAAUAUAUUGGAUGUAUAAUUCAUGCAGAAAUAAUCUUAAAGGAAAGAAUCUUUUUUCAAGCACUAAUGGGUGGUAAAUCAUAAUGUUAAAAACGUAUUAUAUAAUCUUUAGCCACACAUCAAUUAAUAUAGUAUUCCAUCAAAACUUCUGAUUAUCCAGAUUACAUGAUAAAAGUAAUUUACAAUUUUUGUAAUUUGUAAUAUAAUCAAGUCAGAAAUACAUUUACAUACGUGACUUUUUACUGUUGAAAAUAUGGUCUUAUUUAAUGCGUAUAUCUACUAAAAUUCACUUCUCCUAUUCCUGAAAAAAGAUAAAUAAAAUUUUAUCCUUUAAAAUUCUAUCCUUCUGGAAAAUUACAUAAAGACUAGUUGAGCGUAAAAAUUAAAAAGAUACUGUUCAAAAAGUAUUAACUUCAAUUUACAUAGAUAAGAAAAAUCACAUGAUCCUACUUCAUUGUUAAAUUAUGUAUAAAAGAUAAACUUUGUCAAAAACUUUUGUUUGUGUUCUUCUGCUCUCUUAUUUUUCGUAGAAUUUACAAGCACUUUGGAAUUAUUUGUUAAUCCAACAGAAUUUUAUUUGAAGCUUAAGUCUACCUAUAGAUUUGCAAAAAAAAUGAAUAUUUCAUUCUUAAAAAUGGAAUGUGUACAGUGUUUGAACAUAGGAAGAAUAUUAACAAUUUGCAUUUCAAAGUCAUUUUGCAAAAAAUCUUAAUUUUUCUCUUUCAAAUGGCUGAUGACUCUGUUAUGCAAAAUUUAUUAAUGUAUUGUUAGACAGACUUAACUCAAUAAACUUAUGUUUAUAGUCAAAUUGUUAAUUUCAUUAAUUUAUAAUAAAAUAAAAUAUAUAUAAUGUAUUGCGUUCGAUAUGUCAAUAUCUUAUGUGAUAUAUCGCCGCCGACUAUCAUUUUAAAUAAACAAUUUGACUAUUCCAUAUAUCAAAUAAUUUUGAUUUUCUUAAUGCUAUUUGCAUAGUCAUUAAUAUCAAUGGUAUAUAAUAAUCAUUGACUAUAUACAUAUGUAUAUGUAUAUAUACUUUGAAUACUGUUAAUAUACUUUGAAAGUAUAUGCGAUUAUAACCAAAGUUUCAUGCAUUUUUUAACUUAGUCUUACAGCUCAUAACACAAAAAGUCGGGAGAGAUUGUUGAUUUUACAUAGGAAUAAUUGCGUUAUAUAUAAAAUGCUUCGUGAGAUAAGUUUCCAAAUAUUCUCUAUGAAAUUUGUUUAAAUUUUUAGUAUCAACAUAUAUGUUACAUAUUAUUAUUAAUAUAUAACUGUACAUGUGAAAGAGAAAUGCACAGUAUAAAUUUUUACAAAAUACAUAGUAUGAGAUAAUAAUCUAUAUAGUUCAUUCUCAGAAGCAUGAUAUUUGCGCAUUUAUUUUUAAUUUCUUAUUAUAAAGCACACUCCAACUUGUAUUUCUUCGAAAAGCCGAUCAUAUAUAAUCACUAAAGAUUUAUUUCACUUGCAACGAAAAACGUUUUCUUUUUAAUUAUAAAUUCUCAGAUGAGUGUACAGCUUUUUUUAAAUAUUGAAUAAAAGAUCUUGCAAGUUACAGAGGCCGAUCACACGCAUCAGAGAAUUAAUACAUAUGUAUAUAUAUAAAAUGAU